AUGAGUAUUACUCCUUCUCUUUGUGAUAAAUUAGAAAAAGAAUGGAGAACAGUUCAUAAGGAUAAUGUAAAUAAAGAAUAUAUUAGACAUGAAAUUGAAAAAGAAUUAGAUUCAAGAUCUGUUCAUGUCAGUAAUGUUGAAUAUACAACUACAAAAGAAGAAUUAGAAGACUUAUUUGAAAGAUGUGGUGUUGUAUUAAAAGUUAAUAUUCCUAUCAAUCAACUCACUCAAAAAACAAUGGGAUAUGCUAAUAUUGAAUUUAAAAAUUCUAAUGCUGUUGAAAAAGCAAUAAAAUUAACAGGAACUAAUUUAAAUGGAAGAUAUAUUGAAGUUUCUAAAAAAAUAACAUUUGAUAAAAGGAAGAAUGAUAGAACAGAUUUUAGUUGGUUCUUUGAGGAUUUAGAUUGA